AUGUCGUCGGAGCCGUUGAUUCAAUCGUCUGAUUCAGUAUCAGCAUCCCGGCAAUGCGGAGAACCGGUGAGGAUUUUCGAGGAAUUGCCCAAAGCCAGUAUUGUCUCCGUUUCGCGACCGGAGACGGGAGAAAUAAGCCCGAUUCUACUUUCCUAUACAAUUGAGUUGCAGUAUAAACAGUUCAAGUGGCGUCUAAGGAAGAAAGCAUCACAAGUUCUCUAUUUACAGUUUGCUUUGCGGAAACGUGCAAUAAUUGAAGAAUUUCAUGACAAGCAAGAACAGGUAAAAGAGUGGCUUCAUAGCUUAGGAAUAGUAGAUCAAAUGGUAAUGGUGCAGGAUGAUGAAGAACCUGAUGAUGGAGCUAUACCUAUACAUCAUGAAGACAGCGUUAAAAACAGAUACGUCCCAUCUGUUGCUGCUCUGUCAAUAAUUCGUCCAUCAUUAGGAGGUCAGCAGUCAGUUGCAGAUAGAGCCAAAGUUGCAAUGCAGAAUUAUUUGAAUCUCUUUUUAGGAAACCUAGAGAUUGUGAAUUCUCGAGAGGUCUGCAAGUUUUUGGAGGUCUCCAAGCUAUCAUUUUUACAAGAGUAUGGUCCAAAACUGAGAGAGGGAUAUGUUACAGUGAAGCAUUUGUCAAAUAUUUCACAGGAUUCUGAUGUAACAUGCUUUCCAUUUCAUUGGUUUCACUUUUGUGAUAACAAUUGGACGAAGGUAUGGGCUGUUUUGAAACCUGGGUUUUUGGCCUUGCUGGAUGAUCCCUUCGACAACAAGCCACUGGAUAUAAUCAUGUUUGAUGUCCUUCCAUCCUCAACUGGCAAGGGAGAGACCAAAGUAUAUUUAGCUGAACCAACAAAGGAACGCAAUCCUUUGCGUUUCACAUUUAAGGUUACUAGUGGAAACAGGAGCAUAUGCUUGAGAACUAUCAGCAGUGCUAAAGUUAAAACUUGGGUUACUGCAAUUAAUGAAGCUGGUCUAAGACCUUUGGAGGGUUGGUGUAGUCCUCACCGCUUUGGUUCAUUUGCUCCAAUAAGAGGUUUGACAGGAGAUGGGAGCCAAGCCCAAUGGUUUGUAGAUGGACAAGCAGCAUUUGAAGCAAUUGCUUCUUCAAUUCAAGAUGCAAAAUCAGAGAUCUUCAUAACAGGUUGGUGGCUGUGUCCAGAGCUAUACCUGAGGCGGCCUUUUGAUAGUUUUCCUACCUUUAGGUUAGACUCAUUAUUGGAAGAAAAGGCUAAACAAGGGGUUCAGAUCUAUGUGCUUAUCUACAAGGAGGUUUCUAUAGCUUUGAAAAUCAACAGCUUGUAUAGUAUGAGAAGACUGCUCAAAAUUCAUGAAAAUGUGAGGGUAUUACGCUCUCCCGACCAUUUUACUUCUGGUGUGUAUUUAUGGUCGCACCAUGAAAAACUUGUAAUUAUUGAUUAUAAGAUUUGCUUUCUUGGAGGAUUAGAUUUAUGCUUUGGACGAUAUGACACACCUGAGCAUAAAGUGGGUGAUAGUCCCUCUGUAAUAUGGCCCGGAAAGGACUAUUACAACCCAAGAGAGUCUGAACCAAACUCAUGGGAAGACACCAUGAGAGAUGAAUUUGAUCGCCAAAAAUAUCCACGUAUGCCAUGGCAUGAUGUCCAUUGUGCUCUCUGGGGACCUCCCUGCCGUGACAUUGCUCGGCACUUUGUUCAACGUUGGAAUCAUGCUAAGAGAACUAAAGCUCCAAAUGAACAUGAAAUUCCUCUGCUUAUGCCUCACCAUCACAUGGUCAUCCCACAUUACAUGGGAAGAAGUAAAGAGAUUGACAUUGAUGAUGAGAAAGAUGAAGACAACAAGAAAGAAAUUGACAAACAAGAUUCAUUCUCCUCACAAUCCCCACCGCAAGAUAUACCGCUACUUUUACCUCAAGAAGCUGAUGGAGCAGUCACUUCAAAUGGAGAUGAUAGAAAUUCCAGUGAAUGUUCUCCAUUAUUGUCCCAAAAUCUGGAAGGUGAAACUUUAGUUUCAGAUAACCAGAAUAAAGGGUUUCAAGACGAGUCUGUUCCUUUUAACUUGGAGGCUCAAUGCAUUGUUGAUUCCAUAGAUGAUUGGUGGGAAACACCAGAAGGUACCAAUGAUGCCACUACUUUGGAAUAUGGACAAGUUGGCCCACGCACUACUUGUCACUGUCAGGUAAUCAGAAGUGUAAGCCAGUGGUCUGUUGGAACUAGUCAACCUGAAGAAAGCAUUCACACUGCAUAUUGUUCUCUUAUUGAAAAGGCAAAGCAUUUUAUCUACAUUGAGAACCAAUUUUUCAUAUCAGGUCUAGCAAUGGAUGAUACAAUACAGAACCGUAUUUUGGAAGCAAUAUACAGGCGCAUUUUGAAAGCCCACAAAGAACAGGAAGAUUUUAGAGUUAUAGUUGUGCUUCCCCUCUUGCCUGGCUUCCAAGGUGGUCUGGAUGAUGGUGGUGCUGCAACUGUGAGAGCCUUAACACAUUGGCAGUAUAGAACCAUUUCUAGAGAAAGGCACUCCAUAUUACACAACCUUGACGCUAUAAUUGGUCGUAAGACACAUGAUUAUAUUUCCUUUUAUGGUCUAAGAUCUCAUGGUAGACUUCAUCCAGAUGGUCCUAUGGCCACGAGCCAGGUAUAUGUGCACAGUAAGUUGAUGAUAAUUGAUGACCGUGUAGCUUUGAUAGGAUCAUCUAAUAUAAAUGACCGGAGUUUGCUUGGGUCAAGAGACUCUGAGAUCGGAGUAGUUAUAGAAGACAAAGAGUAUGUUGAAUCAUUGAUGAAUGGAAAGCCGUGGAAAGCUGGGAAAUUUUCCCAUAGCCUCCGCUGUUCCCUAUGGUCCGAGCAUCUUGGUCUUCUUACUGGCGAGAUCAGUAAAAUCAUGGAUCCAGUGGCUGAUUCAACCUACAAGGAACUGUGGGCAGCAACUGCAAAGGAAAAUACAAGAAUCUACCAUGAAGUCUUUGCUUGCGUUCCCAAUGAUCAAAUACACUCAAGAGCUGCACUUCGGCAAAGCAUGGUCCAGUGGAGGGAAAAACUUGGCCAGACCACCAUAGAUUUGGGAAUAGCCCCUGAUAAGUUAAUAUAUCAGGAGAAUGGAGAAACAAAAGUAACAGACCCAAUAGAUAGAUUGAAGUCUAUAAAGGGACUUCUUGUUUCCUUUCCUUUGGAUUUCAUGCGUGAGGAAGAUUUAAGACCAGCUGUUAUUGAAAGUGAGUUUUAUGUAGCUCCUCAAGUAUAUCAUUAACUAUGGUAUAGUUUGGAGGCUCUUAUAUUGUAAAGGAGA